AAAAUUAAUAUGAUAAUAAGUGUCUCACAGUGGUCAACAGAUCUUUUCAAUUUAAUGUGUCAUACUUGUUUUGAAUGAUUUUUUUCUUAAUAAAUAUAGAUAGAUAUAAAUUCUUUUGAUUUAAUAAUUGCAACAAUAACAGUAUGUUUGUACUAGGAGGAGAAGGAAUUCAUGUUCAUGUUCUGUCAGUCGCUUACAAUUACGUAAACACUUCCGCAGGGCAUUGCAUGAGAAAGAUAACGGCAGGAUGCCCCGAAGGAAAUUCUUCUACAUUGCACUCAUCUGCAGCUGUGCUUGAAGAUUUUGAGUUUGAAGGGAGCAUAAGAGCAGCGCCACUGCACAAAGUACGCAUCUUUUAUAUCGUGCUUGAUGUUAACACCAGAAUUGGUGUUGCACAGCCUCUGCAUUUGACUGUGUACAAAAUUGAGAUUUAGAGCCAUCUUUUAUAUAGUAAGCAUCAUACUAAAUUAUAAAAUAAAGACUAUUGGAUGGGGAGAGAACCCCUAAUAUCAAGGACCUCACCCCCAUCAAAUAGUUAGUAUAGUACAAUCCUAUAUAAUUCAAUCUGCACUACACUUUUUCAUAGACCUUUAUCCUGUAUGGAUUUUAUUAUGAGUUAUUCUUUAUUACAAAGAAGAGGUUUUUUUAUUUUUUUAACCCAAAAUCUAUAUACCGUCCAGGUCUUUAUGCUGCAUAUAGUUUAUAAUGUUCACUUCAUAUGUAUAUAAGAAAGGAAAAAAUUAUGUUCACUCCUUCAGUGGAGAAAGGAAAACGCAGUCCAACCUGUAAGAAA